GUCUCAGUCUUUGGCAUGGACUCCGAUACGGACUCGGAUCGGGAGAAGAGCAGCGAUCCCAACGAGGGUCUGCUCAGCAGCGACGACAAGACCUUCCACGACGACGAGGACGAAGAGGACUCUUCCCCAGCGGAUGACGAGGAGGAACCGGAAGAGGAGUCUCUCUUGCCUCAAAAGAGGCAGUCCCUUCCGCGACAGGAAGAAGAAAAGCCAGCACCUUUGGUUUUCGUUCAGCAAUCGGAAGAAGCCAUCCAAGUGCCUAUAGAAAUCGAUGAAUCCGUUGAUGGAAAUCCAAAGGAAAAGGAAGUUCAGUUGGAAUUGGAAUUGCAGGUGCAACCACCUGACCCAGAACCGGAAGCAGAACCAGAAACGGAAGUGGUUGAACCAGAACUCGAAACAAAGCCUCCGAAAUGUCCGUCCUCGUUGCGCGACAGUGUCCGCGAGUCCAUCGAGUGCUUCUACUCCGCCCAGGAUCUCCUCGAAUACGGCCAUAUGCUCUCCUCGACUUCUAUGGUCCGAACUCCCGACGUAGAGUCCGGCUACUUUGAGAAAUCCGAGAGCGAUGCCUCCCGGGACGAGUGGGAGGGUCCAUCGUCCUCCUCCUCUGGCGGUGCGGCUCGCCGUCGCCUGCUCUCCGGGCUCUCGGGCCUCUCCGCCUCCUCCUCCAGCCGGAACAGUGCCGAGGGACUGCGCAUGGAGCUGAGUCGCUUCCGGGCCAUGAUCGAGACCCUGGAGCGGGAGAGUCUGGAGAAGUCCCAGUCGGAUCAGCAGCUGAAGGUCAAGGCCAAGCCCAAGCCGAAGCAGAGAACCCAAUUGCUGGAGUCGGCGGGCGAUAGUGGGUCCGAGCAGGGCUCGGAGAGGGGUUUCUGGUCCACGGUGUUCGGUCAGGCCGCUUUGGGAGCCAGCCAGGACGAAGACGAACGAUUGGCGGAUAUACAAAAAGCUCAUCGCGCUCUCGAGCUGCUCGAGGACUAUCACGCUAGACUCUCCGAGCCGCAGGAUCGGGCGCUGCGUAUUGCAAUCGAACGCGUUAUACGCAUAUUUAAGUCUCGCUUGUUUCAAGCGCUGUUAGAUAUACAAGAAUUCUAUGAAUUGACAUUAUUGGAUGACUCGAAGAGCAUACAACAGAAAACUGCGGAGACAUUGCAAAUUGCAACAAAAUGGGAAAAGGAUGGGCAGGCCGUUAAAAUAGCCGAUUUUAUAAAAACUUCAAAUUUAAAUCGCAAUUGCGCCUAUGAGUUUAACAACGACGCCUCAUCCAAUCAGAAUCAGACCCACCAAUCAGCUCUCAAUCAAAAUCAGAUCGCGAAUAAUGUCGCGAACAGUGCCCAAGCACAUGCCGAGGCCCUCAGCAGAACAUUUAAGAGUGAAUUGGAAGAGAUCUUGAACCAGCGGAUGCGCAUAGAAUCAGAUACGGAAAACGCCAAGGAGGAGCCGGCCGAGCAGCAACAGCUGCAGCAGGUGCAGCGCAGCUCCCGAUCGCCGCAGCAGCAGAACCAGCAACCUUUGACCCCAGCCCAGUCGCAGGGUUCGAAGCCGCGGAGUGGGUCGCAGACCGUGAAUGGCGACGACAGCUGGCUGUACGAGGACAUCCAGCUGGAGCGAGGCAACUCCGGACUGGGCUUCUCGAUUGCCGGAGGCACCGACAAUCCCCACAUCGGCACCGACACCUCCAUCUACAUCACCAAGCUGAUAUCCGGCGGAGCAGCGGCCGCCGACGGCCGGCUGAGCAUCAACGACAUCAUCGUUUCGGUGAACGAGGUGUCCGUGGUGGAUGUGCCCCACGCCGCGGCGGUGGACGCCCUCAAGAAGGCCGGCAACGUCGUCAAGUUGCAUGUGAAGCGGAAACGGGGCGGCACGGCGGCCACCACUCCGGGUGCCGGAACGGGUGCGGGGGAUGCCCGGGACAGUGCCGCCCAAGGGCCGAAGGUCAUUGAAAUCGAUCUGGUCAAGGGCGGCAAGGGCCUGGGCUUCUCGAUAGCCGGCGGCAUUGGCAACCAGCACAUCCCCGGCGACAACGGCAUCUACGUGACCAAGCUGAUGGACGGCGGAGCGGCCCAGGUGGACGGGCGACUCUCCAUCGGGGACAAGCUGAUUGGAGUCCGCACCAACGGAAGCGAAAAGAAUCUGGAGAAUGUAACGCACGAACUGGCGGUGGCCACACUGAAGUCCAUCACCGACAAGGUGACACUGAUCGUGGGCAAGACCCAGCACCUGACCACCAGCGCCUCGGGCGGAGGAGGAGGCGGCCUCUCAACCGGCCAGCAGCUAUCGCAGUCGCAGUCCCAGUUGGCGACCAGCCAGAGCCAGAGCCAAGUCCACCAGCAGCAGCAGCAGCAGCAGGCGCACAUGACCAACUCGCAGUCAACAGGUGCGCUAAACAGUGUGGGCCAUACGGUUGUGGAUGCGGCGCCUCAGCCAGCACCAGCAUCUGCAACCGGAUCACCAUCACCAUCAGCAUCUGCAUCUGCAUCAGUCAUUGCCAGCAACACAAGCACAGUCACCACAGUCAGCAAAGUGCCGCCGUCGCUUAGCAAUAAUAGCAAUAACAUCAACAACAACAUUACCAGCAGUAGCAGCAGCAGCAGCAGCAAUGGCAACACCACCACCACCAACAACAUUAUCAACAACAACAACAACAGUAGCAGCAGCAGUGGCAACAUACACGUUACAGCCUCUGCCGCAACACCACCCGCCUCUGCCCCAGCCACCUUCUAUAACAAUAACGCUUCCAUGCCCGCCCUGCCUGUCGGCGAGUCCACCAAUUCCAAUACGAACACCAUCCACCGCUCCCAAUCACCCCAGCCGCGUCAGCCCGGCUCGCGCUACGCAUCCACAAAUGUCCUGGCCGCCGUACCACCAGGAACUCCGCGCGCCGUUAGCACCGAGGACAUAACCAGGGAGCCGCGCACCAUCACCAUACAGAAGGGACCUCAGGGCCUGGGCUUCAACAUUGUGGGAGGCGAGGACGGCCAGGGCAUCUACGUGUCUUUCAUUCUGGCCGGCGGCCCAGCGGAUCUGGGUUCGGAGCUGAAGCGCGGCGAUCAGUUGCUCAGCGUUAACAACGUCAACCUAACGCACGCCACCCACGAGGAGGCGGCCCAAGCGCUCAAGACUUCCGGCGGUGUUGUCACCCUGGUGGCGCAGUAUCGACCGGAGGAGUACAACCGGUUCGAGGCUCGCAUCCAGGAGCUGAAGCAACAGGCCGCUCUCAGUGCCGGCGGCACGGGAACGCUACUGCGCACCACGCAGAAGCGAUCGCUCUACGUGCGGGCCCUGUUCGACUACGAUCCGAACAGAGACGACGGCCUGCCCUCGAGGGGACUGCCCUUCAAGCACGGCGACAUCCUCCAUGUGACUAACGCCUCCGACGACGAGUGGUGGCAGGCGCGCCGUGUUCUGGGCGACAACGAGGACGAACAGAUCGGCAUUGUGCCCUCGAAGCGGCGCUGGGAGCGCAAGAUGCGGGCUCGGGAUCGCAGCGUCAAGUUCCAGGGACAUGCGGCGGCCAACAACAAUCUGGACAAGCAAUCGACUUUGGAUCGAAAGAAAAAGAAUUUCACAUUCUCGCGCAAAUUUCCGUUUAUGAAGAGUCGCGAUGAGAAGAAUGAAGACGGAAGCGACCAAGAGCCCAACGGAGUUGUGAGCAGCACCAGCGAAAUAGACAUCAACAAUGUCAACAAUAACCAGUCGAACGAACCGCAACCCUUUAUGCUUUGCUACACACAAGACGAUGCCAAUGCUGAAGGAGGCGAGAUUAUCUACAGGGUGGAGCUACCCGAUAUGGAGCAGAUAACUCUGAUCUACUUGGAGAAUAACGAUGCUGACUAUCCUUCCGAGGAGAACGUGCUGUCGUACGAGGCCGUGCAGCGCCUGUCCAUCAACUACACGCGUCCUGUCAUCAUCCUGGGACCCCUCAAGGAUCGCAUCAACGACGACUUGAUAUCCGAGUAUCCCGACAAGUUCGGUUCCUGUGUGCCACACACCACCCGACCCAAACGGGAGUACGAGGUGGAUGGCCGGGACUACCACUUUGUGUCCUCGCGCGAGCAAAUGGAGCGCGACAUCCAGAACCAUCUGUUCAUCGAGGCGGGUCAGUACAAUGAUAACUUGUACGGCACCUCGGUGGCCAGUGUGCGCGAAGUGGCCGAGAAGGGCAAGCACUGCAUCCUGGAUGUGUCCGGGAAUGCCAUCAAGCGGCUCCAGGUGGCCCAGCUCUAUCCCGUGGCCGUCUUCAUCAAGCCCAAAUCAGUGGACUCGGUGAUGGAGAUGAAUCGACGCAUGACGGAGGAACAGGCCAAGAAGACUUACGAGCGGGCCAUUAAGAUGGAGCAGGAAUUCGGCGAAUACUUUACCGGCGUUGUUCAGGGCGACACCAUCGAGGAGAUCUACAGCAAAGUAAAGUCGAUGAUCUGGUCACAGUCGGGACCAACCAUCUGGGUACCAUCCAAGGAAUCUCUAUGACCAACAGCCACCACAACCUGGACACUGCCGCCUCGCGUUCGCUGUCGACCCGUAUCGAGAUCCAACACGUCGGCAGCCGGAGGAGCCAACAGUCAACAGCAGUCGCAGCAGAAGACGCCGCACUGAUGAUGCAUCACAGAAGCAACAGUAGCUACAACAAUGACAGCAACAGCAACAGGAACAGGAACAGCAGAAGCAACAGUAACCGGAAAAACGGACGGAGAACAGCUAAACUAAACAGAUACAUAUAAUAAUAUAACGACGCAGCCGCAGCAGCCAACUUAAUGUAGCAAAUUGUCCAACAACUUUUUUUUGGAUGCACACUCAGACACACGGACACCAGAUACCAGAUACCAGACACCAGAUCCCAGACGCAAAGAAGAAGGAGCUGAGGAGAACAUCAGAGCAAAGCAUUUGGCAUCGUAGAGACAAACCAGGAUGAGAAACCAAUAACCUUAAGUGGGUGUUCAAACGGAAGUGAAGGAGAGAAGGGUGUAUAGUUUUUAGUUAGAAAAACAAGAGGAUGUUGGAAACAAAAGCGAAAUAUUAUAAUAAUUGUAUGAACAAGCCACUUAUAUAUAGACUAAGGAGUAACCCAUAGAAACCCGGAAGGUUAAAGGAUAAUGGAUAAAGGAUACACGAUAAAAGGAUAAAGCUUAGAGAAGUUCGUUAAGCGCUAGAGUGUUGUUUGUUUAUGUUGAUGUUUAUAUACGAGAGCCAAGAGUUAUAGCGAGUUAGUUAUGUUGACGAUAAUGUGUUUUUUGAUAUAUAUUGAUCUAUAUAUAUAUAUAUAUAUAUAUAUAUAACUAUGUAUACAUGCAUAAGAGCCGGCAGACAGACAUACAUACACUCGGAUGCUAAUGCAUAAUGUAACUUUAAGUACGACAAUGUUUAGUAGCUGACUACGAAAAAAAAAAAUCAAUAAAAUGACGAUGACACGA